UAGGAAGGCUGGGUGUUCUGGCUGCCGGGUUGCUGAGAGCAUGGCCUCUCCAGGGGCCACGGCUCCCCAGCCGGAGUUACCCGAGCGAAACUGCUGGUACCGAGAGGUGCAGUACUGGGAUCAGCGCUACCGAGACGCAGCCGAUUCUGCCCCCUACGAAUGGUUCGGGGACUUCUCCUCCUUCCGUGCCCUCCUAGAGCCGGAGCUACGGCCCGAGGACCGUAUUCUCGUGCUAGGUUGUGGAAACAGUGCCCUGAGCUAUGAGCUGUUCCUUGGAGGCUUCCCUGAUGUGACCAGUGUGGACUACUCAUCAGUAGUGGUGGCUGCCAUGCAGGCUCGCUAUGCUCAUGUGCCCAAGCUGCGCUGGGAGACCAUGGACGUGCGGGCAUUGAACUUCCCCAGUGGCUCCUUUGAUGUGGUGGUCGAGAAGGGCACACUGGAUGCUCUGCUGGCUGGGGAACGGGAUCCCUGGAAUGUGUCCUCUGAAGGUGUCCACACUGUGGACCAGGUGUUGAGUGAGGUGGGAUUCCAGAAGGGGACAAGACAACUCUUAGGCUCACACACGCAGCUGGAGCUGGCCUUGGCAGGUGUCUCUCUACUGUUGGCUGCACUGCUUCUGGGCUGCCUCAUGGCCCUGGGGAUCCAGUACCACAGAGACCCAUCCCAGAGCACCUGCCUCACAGAGGCCUGCAUUCGAGUGGCUGGAAAAAUCCUGGAGUCCCUGGACCGAGGGGUGAGCCCCUGUGAGGACUUUUACCAGUUCUCCUGUGGAGGGUGGAUUCAGAGGAACCCCCUGCCUGAUGGGCGUUCUCGCUGGAACACCUUCAAUAGCCUCUGGGACCAGAACCAGGCCAUACUGAAGCACCUGCUUGAAAAUACAACUUUCAACUCCAGCAGCGAAGCUGAGCAAAAGACUCAGCGCUUCUACCUAUCCUGCCUACAGGUAGAGCGCAUUGAGGAACUGGGCGCCCAGCCACUGCGAGACCUUAUUGACAAGAUUGGUGGUUGGAACAUCACAGGGCCCUGGGACCAGGACAACUUCAUGGAGGUGUUGAAGGCAGUAGCAGGGACCUACAGGGCCACCCCAUUCUUCACUGUCUACAUUAGUGCUGACUCUAAGAAUUCCAACAGCAAUGUUAUCCAGGUGGACCAGUCUGGGCUCUUUCUGCCCUCUCGAGACUACUACUUAAACAGAACCGGCAAUGAGAAAGUGCUCACUGCCUACCUGGACUACAUGGAGGAGCUGGGGUUGCUGCUGGGCGGACAGCCAACUUCCACACGGGAGCAGAUGCAGCAGGUGCUGGAGCUGGAGAUACAACUGGCCAACAUCACGGUGCCCCAGGACCAGCGGCGCGAUGAGGAGAAGAUCUAUCACAAGAUGAGCAUCUCAGAGCUGCAGGCUCUGGCGCCCUCCAUGGACUGGCUUGAGUUCCUGUCUUUCUUGCUGUCACCGUUGGAGUUGGGUGACUCUGAGCCUGUGGUGGUGUAUGGGACGGAUUAUUUGCAGCAGGUGUCAGAGCUCAUCAACCGCACGGAACCAAGUGUCCUGAACAAUUAUCUGAUCUGGAACCUGGUGCAGAAGACAACCUCCAGCCUGGACCGACGCUUCGAGGCUGCACAAGAGAAGCUCCUGGAGACCCUCUAUGGUACCAAGAAGUCCUGCGUGCCGAGGUGGCAGACUUGCAUCUCCAACACAGAUGACGCGCUUGGCUUCGCUUUGGGCUCCCUCUUUGUGAAGGCUACGUUUGACCGGCAAAGCAAGGAAAUUGCAGAGGGGAUGAUCAGUGAAAUCCGGACUGCCUUUGAGGAGGCCCUGGGACAGCUGGUUUGGAUGGAUGAGAAGACCCGCCAGGCAGCCAAGGAGAAAGCAGAUGCCAUCUAUGAUAUGAUUGGUUUCCCGGACUUCAUACUGGAGCCCAAAGAGCUGGAUGAUGUUUAUGAUGGGUAUGAAGUCUCUGAAGAUUCUUUCUUCCAAAACAUGUUGAAUUUGUACAACUUCUCUGCUAAGGUGAUGGCCGACCAGCUCCGCAAGCCUCCCAGCCGAGACCAGUGGAGCAUGACCCCCCAGACAGUGAAUGCCUACUACCUUCCCACUAAGAAUGAAAUCGUCUUUCCUGCUGGCAUCCUGCAGGCCCCCUUCUAUGCCCGCAACCACCCAAAGGCCCUGAACUUUGGUGGCAUUGGCGUGGUAAUGGGCCACGAGUUGACACAUGCCUUUGAUGACCAAGGGCGAGAGUAUGACAAGGAAGGGAACCUGCGGCCCUGGUGGCAGAAUGAGUCUCUAGCAGCCUUCCGGAACCACACGGCCUGCAUGGAGGAGCAGUACAACCAGUACCAGGUCAAUGGGGAGAGGCUCAAUGGCCGCCAGACGCUGGGGGAGAACAUCGCUGACAAUGGGGGCCUUAAGGCCGCCUACAAUGCUUACAACGAGUGGCUGAGAAAGCACGGGGAGGAGCAGCAGCUGCCAGCCGUGGGGCUCAACAACCACCAGCUCUUCUUUGUGGGAUUUGCCCAGGUGUGGUGCUCAGUCCGCACACCAGAGAGCUCUCACGAGGGGCUGGUGACCGACCCCCACAGCCCUGCCCGCUUCCGCGUGCUGGGUACUCUCUCCAACUCACGUGACUUCCUGCGGCACUUCAGCUGCCCUGUUGGCUCUCCCAUGAACCCAGGGCAGCUGUGCGAGGUGUGGUAGACCGAGGUGAGGGGAGGAAUGGCUGGCUGUUGCCAGAGCCUGGGGCGGAUCUCCCAGAAAAACUGUUUGCUCCUGGGUUAGGAGAAAGCAAAUGCAAGCCGCGCUGGGUCCAGCCAUGCCACAGCACAGGUGACAUGAAUACUAGUCCCUCUUUAACCACCACAUCGUGCCUCUGCCUCCGGCAGAGCCCCACCAUUCACUGUGACAUCCUUCUGUGUCACCCUGCCUGAAAGAGGUCUGGGCUGGAGUGCCAGUUCCUCCAGGAGAGUCUGCCUCCUCUGGCCCCAAGCUCACUCAUGGGGUUGCUAUGCCUGCCCGACUCUGACCUUGCAGGCCUGGGUGGUGUAUCUCCCUGCUUCUCCCCAGGGCUCACUCAGUGCUACCUGCCAGCCCCACCCUCAGGAGCCACCCCCACUCCUGGGCUCCUUGUCCUUGUGCUGCUGUUUCCAGUACUGCUGCCAGCCCUCACUGACAGAUGCCCUGUGCUUAGCUCCUAGUGGAAGCCUGAGGGCCUGUGAAAGCUUCCCUGCUGCCCCGUUUCCCUGGGCUGAGAGGGGAAGUGUGAAUGCGUGGGGGGUGCUGGUUUCUGUAUCUUAAGGCACAAGUCUUAAGGGGUGACUAAUUCCUCCAGGGCCAAACAGAAAAGCAGAUAGAGCAGGGAGAGGGAAGGACAGAGUUUAUUUUUACAGGGAAGAGGGUGGGGAGGGCGUGGACUUGGCCCUAUAGGACCCUGUGCCAAUAAAUAGACACACAUCAGUCA